AUGAGUGAUUAUGCCGAUUUGUUGGGUGUUCAACACUCCAAAAAAUCAGCACUUGAUCAAAUUCUUCAAACUCCACCAAAGAGUACAGCCAAAACUUUAAAAGAAGGAACACCAUUUAAAAGCCCAACAACAGCCACUAGGAUAUCGGAAACACCACUCCGAUCAACACAAAAGAGAAAGAUUGUACAAACAACAGAUAAAUGGAGAUGGAAACCUUUUAUAAAUAAUGCUAGGGAUGAUGGGGCUGUGUUUUAUCAUUGGGUUAGAGUUGAUGAUGAUGAUGACGAUGAACCUGUGGAGUUGAAUUAUCCUUUUGAAGUUUUAAACAAAAAGGCUAGAGUUUUUCAAUAUUCGGAUGAUGAUUAUAAAAAUAUAAUAGAACCUAUGGAUGAAAAAAGUGAUUGGACAAGAGAAGAAACUGAUUUAUUAUUUUCACUUUGUAAAACAUUUGAUUUACGUUUUAUUGUUGUACAUGACAGGUUUUGUUCAAGUGAAUUGAAAAGCAAGGAAUCUGCAAUUAAACGUUCAGUGGAAGAUUUAAAGAAGAGAUAUUAUGACAUCUCACGAGCAAUAUUAAAACAAAGAGCAAAGGGUAUUCCAAAAGAGAAGUUAAUGACACAUCCAAUAUUAAGUGUAGAUUAUGAUUACGAUUAUGAAGUGAGGAGAAAACAAAAUUUGGAAGCUCUUUUUUCACGAUCAUCUGAAGUGGAAAAGAAAGAAAAUGAACUAAGAGAACAAUUAAAAAAAAUUGAACAAAUUAAAAAGAAGAGAGAAGAAGAGGAGCAGCAAAAAAUCAAACAAAAGCAAAAAGAAGAAAAGGAAAAGCUAAGAAGAGAAGCUCAGCUAAAUGAAAAAUUAAGAAAAGAUCAAGAAGAAAUGAGAUUAGCUUCCACGCCGGCUGUCUUUACAGUGGAUGAAGAAAUUAUGGCCCCAAUUGACGAGAGUAUCUCCAAAUUUGAUUCAUUUAUUGUUGGAGAACUCAAGAGAGGAAAAGCAUAUAAUAGAAGCUUUUUAAUUUCAGAUUAUGAUGACUACGAGUACCACUAUGCUGUGGCUGAAACGCUUGGUGUUGGAAUUGCAUCCUUAAUGCCAACCAGAAAAGUACAUGAAGCAUUUGAAGGUCUCAAACCACUCUUUGACAAAUACAUGUCUCUCUAUGGCAGACCAGUUCUACCAGAAUAUGGUGAAACUGAGCCAGUACCUGUUGUUGAAGAACCAGCAGCUACCGCUGUCAAAAAGAAGAGAAAGAAAGAGAAAAGUGAAGAAUCUACAAAGAAAAAGAAGAAGAAACAAUAA